UUGUUGCAGGGUGCCAAGAUGGCGGCGCGCUGCUCUCUGUCAGGGAGAAGAGGGGCAGGGAUGGAGUGAGGGCCGCGGCGCUCGGCUUUGGGGGGAGGGGGCGAUAUAACGUUCGGGGCCCCCGGUCUGGCUCUGUGCGUACCUGCGCUCGAGGCCGCGGCGGCGGCGGCUCUCGCUUUCCGGGUGAAAAAAGGCUAUGAGGUGACGGGAAGAUGGCGAGCGACGCGGGUAGGAAGCAGUUCUGGAAGCGGAAUGCGUCCCGGGUGCCGGGCAGUGGAGAAUGUGAUGCCAGAAUAGGACAACAAAUACCCAUUGGAGAAAUUGAGGCGUAUUCAACAUGUAUACGGAGCUCAGCAUCCUCCUUUUGAUCCACUAUUGCAUGGAACCUUAAAACCUGGAGCCAAGCCACCAACAACUCCAGUGAAACUGAAGAAAAUCAGCACGUUUCAAGAAUUUGAAAGCAACACGAGCGAUGCUUGGGAUGUUGGGGAUGACGACGACGAACUCCUAGCGAUGGCUGCAGAAAGCCUUAACACAGAUGUAGUCAUGGAAACGGCUAACAGAGUAAUUCAGAACCACAGCAAAUUACAAGAACAGCACAAAUUGCAGGAGGAACAGGUGGAAAAGGAGCAACCACAGCAGCUUUCAGAACUGCCCUCAGCUGCGUGUGGUGACAGCAGACUGGUUAAAUCUGUCAGUGAAAGCAACACAUCAAGUUCUGCAGAUGGUGCUGAUGAGGUUAUUUCUGUGCCAAGAUCUCAGUCCCUUCCGCAAGCCUCCAUUCUGGUGGGUGGAGUGUCAGACCACAGUAGCUCAGGUAUCCCUAUGCUAUCGGAAAGAGAGGCAUCACGUUUAGAUAAAUUCAAGCAAAUUCUGGCUGGCCCCAACACAAACCUUGAAGAAUUACGGAAGUUGAGCUGGUCAGGAAUCCCAAAAGCAGUUCGGCCAAUUACAUGGAAGCUCCUUUCAGGUUACCUGCCUGCAAAUAUAGAUCGGAGAGAAGGCACUUUACAAAGGAAGCGGAAAGAGUAUUUUGCUUUUGUGGAACAAUAUUAUGAUUCAAGAAAUGAAGAAACUCAUCAGGAUACAUACAGACAGAUUCAUAUAGAUAUUCCUCGUAUGAGUCCGGAAGCUUUAAUUCUUCAACCCAAAGCAACAGAGAUCUUUGAAAGAAUUUUGUUUAUCUGGGCAAUACGUCAUCCAGCCAGUGGAUACGUUCAGGGCAUAAAUGAUCUGGUUACUCCUUUUUUUGUUGUCUUCACAUGUGAAUAUACUGAAGAAGAAGUGGAAAAUUUUGAUGUUUCCAGUCUGCCCGCCGAAGUGCUGCAGAACAUUGAAGCUGACAGUUUCUGGUGCAUGAGUAAACUGCUUGAUGGCAUUCAGGAUAACUACACCUUUGCUCAGCCUGGUAUUCAGAAGAAAGUGAAAAUGCUGGAAGAACUGGUUAGCCGAAUUGACGAGCAAGUGCACAGACACUUAGAGCAACACGAGGUGAAAUACCUUCAGUUUGCUUUCCGCUGGAUGAAUAACUUGUUGAUGAGAGAAGUUCCCCUGCGGUGCACCAUAAGGCUUUGGGACACGUACCAGUCUGAACCAGAGGGAUUUUCUCACUUCCAUUUAUAUGUGUGUGCUGCCUUCCUUGUCAGGUGGAAGAAGGAGAUCUUAGAGGAAAAAGACUUUCAAGAACUGCUCAUCUUUCUGCAGAACUUGCCCACGGUGCACUGGGGAGACGAAGAUAUCAGUGUCCUCCUCGCAGAAGCCUACAGACUGAAGUUUGCAUUUGCAGAUGCCCCCAAUCAUUACAAGAGAUGAAAGCACCAGAAACCAUAUACAGUACAGCCAAUCUGUCUGCUAUGGCAUGGGAUCAUUUUCAUUAUUCUGGUUGUGCAGACACAAUUACUCGCUCCUGAUUUCAUACGAAGCGUCCCAAAAUAGUUCAGCAAAAAAAUGUGGUUGGUGGAUUACCAAAGAAAUCGGCAAGCCAGGUCAUUGAGAAGAUUGUGAUUGACUUAACGUUCAUGCUGAGUGGCUACAAAAAAAAUUGAGUCUGCUUUUGCUUUUAUUCUCCCUUUUUCUUUUUAUAGUUACUAUAUGAAUGAAGAAAGUGUUUUUUGUUCAUUGGUAUCUAAUGACUUAUUGUCUUGUCUCCAUGAGCCUUGUUCCUAGUUGAUUGUAUUCAUUAUUUUGAUGGAAGUAUUAUUAGUCUCUGGGGUACUUGUGAGCUAAUAGGAAUGAUCUGUCUUGAACGGAAAAUGAGGGCAGAUGUGUAUCAGGCAGUAAGGUCAUCUAAGGGCCAUAUGGACUUGCUUUUGAUUUUGGUUUGAAAUUUUUAAAAAAUUCCUUUUAAUGUUAUCUUUGUUUACAGCGUGAAAUCUAGGAACACAGAUUUUAAUGGAAAGCAACAUCUAGAAUUUGAAAAGAAUGUCACUUAACUUGGGUGCUAUACCCUGUGGUGUGGAGAUAGUUUUGUAUAAAUUAUUUCACUUUCAAGUGUCUGAACUGUACUAACUAAAAAAGAAAAAAAAUAGAUUUAUUCUGCUGUAAUAAUGUAUACAUAAUUUAAUGCUUUAAAACUAUCAAAUAUUUUUUCAGCACAUAGACUUUUAGCUUCAAUGCUUUUUUUUCCUAGUAAGAUUUUUACUUCACAGUGAAUAUAUUUUAAUACGUUAUUGCCUUACCUGGAAUUUCUAGCAUGGUAGGAAUACUUGACGGAAAAGUCAUGUAUGCAUUUUUAGGCCUUCCAUCCUUGACAUAGACUGGCUUGAGCAUGGAAAAGAAGCACAGAUGGAUAAAAUUACCUGAUGACUAACAACCAAGAUGCUGUCCCACCUCCAGAAUAAACUAUGGAUUUUGCACUGUGUAAGGGAAGGUGACUGGUGAAGACUUGAUUCCAGUCUGCCCUCUUUCUUAUCAAUCAGGCUGGCUGAUUGGUUAACAUGCCAGCCUGUGUGUGUGUGUGUGUGUGUGUGUGUGUGUGUGUGUGUAGAUAUAUAAAAAAAACAGAACGUGUCAAGUCAAUUUAUCUGGAGGAAGUCACCUGCAUACAAUUGACAUGCACUUAAGGAUUUUGCACAAACUGAUCGGGAAGCUUAUCUCACUUGAAAAGCAGCUAACAAAAUUCUUCCGUUAUUUUUGUGACCAAGUUCUUAAGUUGUGACUAAGUGGCAGUACAUUAUAGAAGGCUCCAUCAAAAGUUGACACUCCAUUCACUUUUUCUCCAAAUAGCAGGGAUGGGUAGUAAAGUUUUUUCCUGUGCUGUAUCACUUUAGAACAGGCACCCCCAAACUGCGGCCCUCCAGAUGUUUUGGCCUACAACUCCCAUGAUCCCUAGCUAACAGGACCAGUGGUCGGGGAAGAUGGGAAUUGUAGUCCAAAACAUCUGGAGGGCCAAAGUUUGGGGAUGCCUGCUUUAGAAUAAUGGUAUGGCAUUGCAUAUACACAUACAAAUUCAUUGAACAUGGAAAUCUGGAAGGCUAGUAUGAAUAAUUUUUUUCUCCCUGAUAUGCUAGAUUUCUGUGUGCAAGUAGGUUUGUUGGAGGAGCAUUCUAGAAUGUGCCUGCUGUCUGAAGUGUGAUUGAUUCUUGUUGAUCAAGUAAGUUUGCAUACUAUCAAUCCCAAAUUAAUUUAUACUGUAAAUGGAACAACUUCUUUUCAGGAGUUUUUUCAAGUGUGCCUUUAAGUCAUUUUUGGUUUGGGGGAAUUUUUUUUGCCUUUCAGUUUGGCUGCAUAUGUUACCUUACUGCUUGCCAUAUGUAUAGAUGCCUGAACAGAGAAGAACCAUAGGCAAGAUUGGCCUAAAAAUGUGGAAGAUGCUUAUUCUAAGAGGCUAUAAAGAUUUCUUGGGAUUAAUUUCCUUAAGGUAUGAUUUACAGAUUAAGUUCAAGUGUCUUAGUAUUGAGUUGUGCAUUUAGAUUGCUUGGGGACAUUUGACUGUGAAACACAGUCCCGUCCAAUACAUCAUUUGUUUAAUAAGCAAGAUUGCGCUCUUACUUUCGCAGUAGAGAGGUGUGGCCUUUUUCACGGCGCUAAAAUUGUUGUGAUGUUCCAGGACAACAAUAAGAAUAAUUUGGUGGCGUUGCAUUACCUGGGAGAUCUUACUGCACCGUUACUUAGGAGUAGCAGCAGUAGAUAUGCUCCCUUUUAUCUUCCAUGCAGGGAUUUGCUAUGCAUGAGAAUACAGAACUCUUGCAGCCUUACUGGGCAUUGCUUUAGGUUAUUACACACUAAUACUGCAAAUAGAGAUAAAAUUCUGUGGCAUGGUUUAGCAUGUCUACAGGUCUUAAGAUGUGUCUUCCCCAAGCAUCAGGAUAACUUCUAAUUCUGUGUUCAGUAUAAGAUUUCUCUUUUAAGUUUCUCUUCUUUAAGUUUACAGUGUCAUUGUGCCUAACAAAGUAUCUGCCAAGAACAGAACACCCAAAGCAAAAGGUAGAAUACAGGAAAGUCUGUUGAUAACAGCGAACAUUUUAUUUAAUAGCAAAAGGAAGAAUGGGCUGCAGCAUGCAUUAAUGAUGGGGCUUUUUAAAUAUGUCAUUAUUUAUAUAGGAAUUUGAAUGCUGAGGCAGGGGUGCAGACAAGUUUACUGUGUUAGAUGCAAGUAUACAAUAAAAUGUGUAUAUCUUAAAAACACACACCUUUCCUCUGUAAAGAUCCAUUGAGUUACCAUCUCAACUUCCAGGCUCCUUUAGGAUCUCUUAAGUGUUUCUCAUUUAAGAACCGAAUGCUAUCAUGCCGCAAAAGGGAUUUACAUUUGUAAGAGACAAAUCUUGAGCACAUUGGUAGAUGAGGGUAGAGACUUCUCUAAAUGCAUAACUUUUCAUUCUUGUUUUAUAUAAAAAGGGGGUAUUAUACAGACAACUAAAUUCAUGCAUACUCUCCCCUAUAUACUAUUCUAUAUAUUCCCUAUAUACCUUUUUCUUAAAGGAGAAUUAUGCUUGGCUUUUGAUAAUUUUGUAUCUCAGGUAAAUGCCAUCCCAACCAAAUGUUAUAUGGAAGAAAGGUUUUCCUCAUUUUUAUACUCAGUUAUUAAAAGUAUAAAAGUAAAAAAAAACCCACAAAUAGGUAUCUAAUAGAUAUUUUUAUGUUGAUAUUUUUUCAGCAUAGAAAGAAAUCAGGACACCUCAUUAAUUUAGCCUGAUUUGUAAUUUAAUAGAGUUCAUACAGGAGGCACUCUGUCAUAAACGCAAUAUUAGCUAACAGCUGUAACAAAAGAACCGUACAGCACAGAUAACCAAUUUAUUUCUAUAGUAUAUGCUUAGAAAUGUAAAUAGUAAGCAAUAUAUUGAAUUAUGUAAAUACAAUACAAGGAAGAAUAUAACUAUCUUGCAUUCAUCUGUACAUCUUAAAUAUAACAAACUAGUUGCACUAGUCUUUAAUUUCUUAUGGAAAAACUCAUAGAUUUGUAUUUAACUUGAAAACUCUACAAUAAAAUGUAAGUACCCAAGACUCACUCUCUCACUCUCUCUCAUAUAUAUUUAUAUUUCUGAAUGAAUAUAGUAUCUGGUUUAAAAUGAAUAAUCCAACUCUUUGUAUCACAUUAACGAGGUGUAACUGAAGAAUGGGUAAGGCUCAAAAGGUGUCAUUUGAUACCUGCAAUACUAUGUCCAGUUCUGGGCACCACAAUUUAAGAAGGAUGUUGACAAGCUGGAACGUGUGCAGAGGAGGGCAACCAAGAUGACCAAGGGUUGGAAACCAUGCCUUAUGAGAAACAGUUGAAGGAGCUGGGUAUGCUUAGCCUGAGAAAGAAGAGACAGAGAGAAUAUAUGAGAGCCAUCUUCAUCUAUCUAAAGGAUUAUCACAUGGAAGAGGGAACAAGCUUGUUUUCUCCUGCUCUGGAGGGUAGGACUCGAAACAAUGGCUUCAAGUUACAAGAAAGGAGAUUCUGACAUACGGAAAAACUCUCUGACGGCAAGAGUUGUUCAGCAGUGGAACAGUCUUUCUCAAGAGGUUGUCUACUCUCCUUCCCUGGAGGUUUUUAAGCAGAGUUUGGAUGACCAUCUCCCAUGGAUGCUUUAGUUGAGAUUCCUGCAUCACAGGAGGUUGGACUAGAUGACCCUUGGGGUCCCUUUUUUAACUCUACAGUUCUAUGAUUCUAUGAAGUUAUUGGUCUUAAAGAAGCCAUGUAAUAAAGACCAAAGAAGAAUUUGCGUGCUAACAAAUAUUUAAGUAUAGCUAGAAGCAAACAAAGGGUGGAACCCGACCAAGUUGUUGUGCUGGCGGAAAGACUUCGGCUUGUACAAUGAAACUUUAAGAACUAUUCUGCUAUAGCUCUAGGGAGAAAUGGUAUGGGGUUGAAUGCAGCAAGCAGGAGAAACUGUGUUUGGGUUAUCCAAAUUAAGUUGCUUGGUACUAAUAUUAUUCGGGACAGCCUCCAAGAAUUACACUUUGUGCUCUCUGUGGGUGAACACGAUCACUUCCUCUGGUUUUAGUUUGUAAGCUAAGCUGUCUCUUAAGUUUCCACUAGAUUCCAGAAAUCUCUUGAGCAAUAUUCCUCUUCAGGCCUUUGGUUGAUCAUUCUACAGCCUUCUCGUUGUGUCUGUGGGAAGGGGGUGUUAUUGUUUUGCUGCCUUUUACUUGUUUUUCUACUGUAUUUUAUUCUGUGAACCGCCCUGAGAUCUAUUGAUAAAGGGUGGUAUAUAUUUCUAAUAAAUAGAAUAAAAUAAAAUAUACAUUUCAGCUCAGAAGUAAGCCCCAUUCAUAGAAUUAUAGAGUUGGAAGGGACUACGAGGGCCAUCUAGUCUGACCCCCUGCAAUGCAGGAAUAUUUUGCCUAAUGUGGGGCUCAGACCCAUGACCCUGAGAUUAAGGGUCUCAUGCUCUCCUGACUGAGCUAUCACACAGGAUUGCAGCCUCAAACUCUUCCUCCCCCCCAAAAGAAAAACACAAAUCCCUAGCGAUAAUACUCUUGCUACUUGCUGUGACAGGAAUGGGAGAGGAGUGUGGCACUAAGAUGCCACGUGUGUGAAUUGUACAAGGGCUUCUCUUUAUUGGUAAGCUACAUCAUGGAGUCGGAAUAAUGCCUGGGGUCACACACAGCCCCCGGGGUGAGACAAACCUCUCUGGCAUCUUCCUGAUGAAGCGCAGCCCGGGACGUCCAUAAAUCCCCAAUCCUGGCACGCUCCCAGCGAAACAUAUCAGAAGACUCUGUGCAUGCUCUUUUCAGCAGUUCAGCAGAGUAGCAGAAGCAAAGCGGAGCGUUGUGUGUGCAUUCUAAGUACAGUAUUUAUUAAGCAAUAUAUACAGCACAAAGCAAUCAUGGCAUCUCUCCUCCUUCUCCAAGAGAUGGAGAAAGUACAACAGUACAAUCACAAACGGAAGAGAGAUAAUUCAGGCUUCCAUUCUCACACUUUCCAAGCCUGGAAAGUAAACACAGACGUGUGAUAUAACAAUCGCAUAUCCAGCAACGGAGGCGUGAAAUGCUAACAUCCUCCCCCUUUUCAGGUAACCGUUGCUGCAUCUGCUAGCCUAGCCGUUACACUAUUAAACAUACAGUUGUCAUACACAUAACAGACUCCUGUAGUACCUGUUCCAUCUGUGGGACCAUCUGCAACUGGUCUGGCCUUGUGCCUGACCAUCUUGCCCUUCAUGGCUGUUAGCCAUGGCUCAGCAUCCUUGUGAGGACACACCCUGUACCUCUUGGAAGUUUCUAGGUUCAAAAACCUAGAAGAGGCAAAGGCUCAAUAAAAUACAUUUGUGGGUGUAUGUUCAGCUAUGGAGAUGGGAAUAGAUUGUGUUGUCUGUAUUUCAAAGUCUAUGUUAAAACACACACGCAAGAAACUGGAAGAGAAAUAGGUGUGCCAGCAAAAUGUGUGCAUGGAAAAUUAGCCUGCUCUCUUAUGGAUCUUGAGCUGAACGUGUAAGCCUCACUACCUAAUUUUGUUCACUCAUUUGAAAUUCCUGGUGCAUGCCUAGAGUAAGGAAAGGUUUUCAUCACAGAGAAUCCAAAGCUGGAUUUUGUCCCUCCUCUCUAAAAGUCUAUUUUAUGGAAAGCAUAAAUUAAUCCAACUUUGGUUGGAGCCCUGCUGAGAGGAAUCAAAGGAGAUAUAUAGGUUUAUCAAACGCUAAGGAGAAAAUAAUAACAUUAAUCAUUUAUUUGUGUCUCAUGCAUAUGUUGAUUUAUUAUUUCACUCUAUAAACCUUGUUUGUUAGCAAUUGGUGUACAGAUAGCAAAAGUCUCGGUGUCUAAGAUAAUGACAGUAGUCUUUCAAUUUCAAAUUAUCUCAUACCCAUUAACCAGCAGGGUCACAUCAAGGAAAUCCAAAGGAAACACAGAUUUAUUAAGGAGGAUUAUUCGGGUGGGGGGGGGGGAGAGACACUUUUUUGUUUUCAACAACAAAGAAAUCUCUGAAGAAUCUACUCAUUUGUUUCAUCUAGGUGUUUAUUUGUAUUUGCAAUUUAUAUUUGCUGGAAGUGGGGAUCAUUCUAUUGGGACACAACAAAGGGAGCGGGUUAGAUUUAAAGCAAGACAAUCCAACACAAAUAAUAAAGUAGUCGCUGGUGGCAACAUAAAUAAUAAAGUAGGACGUGGGUGGCACUGUGGGUUAAACCACAGAGCCUAGGGCUUGCCAAUCAGAAGGUCGGCAGUUCGAAUCCCUGCGACGGGGUGAGCUCCCGUUGCUCGGUCCCAGCUCCUGCCAACCUAGCAGUUCGAAAGCACGUCAAAGUGCAAGUAGAUAAAUAGGUACUGCUCUGGCGGGAA